AACGAAACGAAACUAAUCUGAACAAGUUUUGUCACCACAAUAAUAGCAAAACCAAACAAAUCCAUACCAAAUAAUAAUUAUACGUAAGCUGAGGUCUUUUCAUUUUAUAAGUAAGCAGCAUAGUUUAGUUUAUGAAUUGGUUGAUGUGGGACUUGCAGUUUGGUGGAAGUGAUUUUUUAUAUGGUGGUGAUCGAUCACAACUGAACCAGAUGAAAUAACAUAGUAUCUGUGAGAAUGAAUGAGAAGAUAGAAGAACUAUGGAGAGAAGUACGAGAAUUAAGUCUAGGAAGCAAAAGAAGCAUAGAACGUUUAGAAUCAGCACCAACACCACUCCAAUUCCAUAGAAACUUCAUCACUCCAAACAAACCUUGCAUCAUCUCCAACUCCAUCUCCCAUUGGCCCUCCCUCUCUCUCUGGUCCCACCCUUCUUACCUCACUCAAUCCCUCUCUUCCACCACCGUCUCCCUCCAUCUCACCCCCACCGGCUCCGCCGACUCUUUAACCCCUCUCCCCUCUUCCCCCUCCUCCCUCUGCUUCGCCUCUGCCCAUGUCCAAAACCUCCCUUUCCCCGAAGCCCUCCGUCUCAUCAACUCCUCUAACCCUUCCCAAUGUGUCGCCUACGCGCAGCAACAGAACGAUUGUUUUCGUUCAGAGUAUGAUUCCAUUGUUAAAGAUUGUGAUCAACAUAUUGCUUGGGCUACUGAAGCAUUUGGUUUAGAGCCUGAAGCUGUUAAUCUUUGGAUUGGAAACAAACAUUCAUCUACUUGGUUUCAUAAGGAUCAUUAUGAGAAUCUUUAUGCUGUUGUUACUGGUCAAAAACACUUUCUUUUGUUUCCUCCUACUGAUGUUCAUCGCUUUUAUAUUCGGAAUUACCCUGCUGCUACUUAUAAAUAUUACAUGGAAACUGGAGAGUUUGAUUUGGAACUUGACAAGCCAACUAGGUAUGUGCCUUGGUGUAGUGUGAACCCUUUUCCUUCUCCGGAGAACUUGGAGGACGAGAUUUCAAAGUUUCCUUUAUACUUCAAUGGCCCUCCACCGUUUGAGUGUACUGUCAAGGCUGGGGAGAUUCUUUACUUGCCAAGCAUGUGGUUUCAUCAUGUUAGACAAAGUGGGGAUGAUGGAGAAUUAACUAUUGCAGUAAAUUAUUGGUAUGAUAUGCAAUUUGACAUUAAGUAUGCUUAUUUCAACUUUUUACAAUCUAUUGAUUACCGAUCUCCUACGAGUCCAAUGAUGCCUGAGAAAUUGUGUGAGGAGAUAGAUUUUGGUCCUGAUGACGAUGAGACUAGAUGAAUUAUCAUUUCUCAGUCGGUGAUAUUCGGCAAUGUGGUCCUUCGAUCGAAUGCUGAAGACCAAAACAGACAAGGCCACGUGAGCAAACACAAUGGAAACAAUGCGGGGAAGCAUUACUUGCUUGCUGCUAACUUGACUUGUGCCCAAUGUAUACACAAUUUUGUUCUGUCUUUCAUUUGUAUAUGACGAUGAUGAUGAUGUGAUAUGAAUUCACCCCUUUACCAUUUGUCUCCUUUGGUGGGAAUGUUGUAAAAGUACGGUUGGAGGCUACUGUCCCAAAACAAACAUUUUUCUCAGUUGGGUUUUUCUAAUUGUUUUUCACUUUGAAUUUUUCCAUACUAUUAGUCUACAUUGUUUGUGCAAA